AUGUCCACGGAACCGGUCGUUUAUAGCCUGCGGAGACCCAAUUCGGAUAAAUCAUGGGGAUUUGCACUGCAGGGUGGAGCCGACCAAGGACUACCUGUUUUUGUCCACAAGGUAUAAACUAAUGGGUUGGUUUUAUAUCAGUAAAUUCUACAUUUGGCAUGAAUUUGUUCCCCCAAUUUCAAAAGUUCUUCAUUUUCUUCCAACAGGUUCAUACUACGUAAAUUAAUGAUGCCACGGGCAUUUGAGUAAAUCUUAAAUCUUGAUGAUAGCGUAUAUUUCUAAUGACUACAUUUAAGCUCUUCUGGCCAAGGUUUUGUUUCGCCCUGAACGCAUAAACUGAAUCUCAGACGUUUAGAAGCAUUUCACUAACUAGUCCUAGAUGUUUACAGAUAAAGGGGAAUUAAUUUUGAUGUGGAGGACUUUUAAAUAAUUGUAAAACAAAACCAAUCUUGAUUUCUGUUAGAUUAAUUCCCGCGUGAAAAAGGUGCUUCUUGCAAUACUUCUCCUAUCUUCUGGUAGCAAUUGGUAGUAGUGCAGACUUGUGUAAUUUUCAAGCGCACUGAACCAUGAAUGCCUAGGCUCAACGUUUCUGAUCGUCCAAUAAUCGGCGCAACCAAUUAUGUAUAUAUUAUCGGCGUUCGGUUGCCGAUCAUUUAGCAAAGAUACACGGAAAGUACGAUAAUUUUUCAUUCGUGUUUAAAAAGCUAUUCUUAAUAGGUGCAGUAUAAAUUUAAGGAUUUUGUAAGACUGUAACAGCUGCGAAGCAUGCUGCAUCAGCAAGGGCCCUUCGUUCAGCUCACAUCGGACAAAGAAACGCCAGAUUUUUAACUAUACCCAAAUUUAUAUAUUGGGACUAUUCAUAAAUGGUGAUGUUAUGCUGAAACACAUACUCUAGCGAUCCGAACAUUUAAACUCCACGACAUCCAUAUUAAAUGUGUUCUGUAUUGUUGUAGUGUCACAAUACGGAGGCCAUCUCUAAAACAACGAUAACAGCUUUAUGCGUAUUUUUUAAAAUAAACUUUAACUAUUGUUUGCACGCAUGGGAACAUUCGUUAACGUGUGGCCUUCCUAACGCAAAUAAUUCAGUGAAUUUUGUGCUAUAAGCGGAAAACGAUGAAUGGUUAGGCGAAGCCUUAUAGUAAGCUGGGUUUGAGUACUGGCUAACAUGAAGCAUAGGCACCAGUAAUUUUGUAAAUGGCAGCAUUGACUUUUGAUGGACAGUUUUUAUAGCGGCAAGUCACAAGUGAGGCAAACUCAUGGCUUAUGCGAAGCUACCUCUCUUUGCUAUCUGCGCACAUUCAGGCCGACGUUUUUGAAAAAGGACGAGGCAUGCACUUCAUGGACUCAUGUAGAAAAAAUGAGCUUUGAAAAUCUGUCAAAAAUAAGGACAAGAUAAAAUUUUUUUGGGUUUUGCAGAACUACGCGCACGUUAAUGUUUCACCGUAGUUUACACUCAACGCACUAAACCUAUAAAAAAGAUCCAUAUAGGGUUUUAUGAUGGUAUAAAUAAUUCGUCUCGUGAGAAUAAGUACUGCGGCACCUAUGAAUGGGGUUGCAUUAAUUCCAGACAAUAUUUAAAAGGACAAAAUCCUAUUUCGUAGCCGCAUCGGCUAGGGGUUCUAAUUAGGGUUUUGGGGUUAGGGUUCAGGGAUAGGGGUUAGGCUGAGGCUUGUCUACUGCAGGUACGGCUCCGAAAUAAGAUCCGACCUUAAAAAGUUCUGAAAGGCUCCAUCUAGUCAAACAAUUGAGUUAAUAAUUAUCGACCUCUAACACAGGAAACAUAUUGUCGCGGCAAACAGUCGUUCAGUUGACGGGUGGAUCAACCUUAAAUAAACGUAUCAGUCCACGCAUUCUGAAAUCCACGUGCCACUACAUAAGGGCUUCGUCAGCGUCAAAAGUUACGUCAUUUUUCGCACAGAACAUAUUAAGGCAUGUUAAACAGGUCCCAUAGGACCUAGUGACUUCUUAAUUCGACUGGUGAGUUCAGUAUUUGAAGAGAUAUUUUUGCUCAGAAUAGGUCAGAAAAUCCCCAGUAAUCAAAAUUCGGGAGAUGUAUUUUUAGUUUUUAUAGAAUCAUGUACUAGCGUUAGUAUUUGCCAGUCAGCUGCAUGAUUACCGAGUAAAUGUACUGCAACUAUUUGCUUUUCCAUCUCUUGUUCCAAGAAAUGGAGAGGUAACAAGCAUUAAACAUAAUUUUGCAAUGGCAUACAACAUGUCUUCUGACAGACCAGAUUUGUUUAGAAAAAGCGGCCUUUCACCAAUGCCUGACUACAAUGAACUGUUUUUUACUAUCCGAAGUCUGGAUAUAGUGUAUUAUGUUCCAUGCCUGCAAAACGCUGCUAGUUACACAAUGUUUCUAUUUAAGAACUUGUGGGCUAAUUACAGAAAAAAUGACACAAGUACAAUGGCACCAUUUGCAUAGUAAAAACUUACGCCAAUGGCACUGGUUACCCUGACAACUGCAGACUGUCGAUUGCUUUCACUGUUUUGGGGAAAUUUUUUUGAAAUACACCAUCUGAGAAAAUACGGGUUUUCUCGUAAUAUAACAGCGCAAGUUGAAAAGGAUAUAAACAGCACAAAUUCAUAAAUAUUUUCGAGUUCACAGCGCAUGUUUUAUGGGGGCCAUUUAAAUCUCAUGACAUUCUUCCUUUGAUUUAGAGCUAAUGGCGUUUUAAAAUCGCCCUUUGAAUUUGGUUAUUUAUUUAAGAAGCAUAAAUUGAGGGUCUAUUUUACGCAGGGCGCAGUCGACUAUUGUCUUUUACGAGGAUUCACCGUCCUGGCAAUUCAAAAAUGCUGUCCAAACCCUUUGUUUGUGCAUGCUAAAACACUGCUUGAGAGUGAGCUAAGUCAUUUAAAAACGAUUUAUAUUCAGGGCGACUUGGAUAACAUAGGCACGACAGCAGUUUUAGGGUUGCUUGUUAAUUGUCCGGACGGAUUUAAGCACCGUCUCCAUAUAUGCCUGCAGAUAGACGCGAAGUUUAUACUCCGUUUUGGAUUGAAGUCGUUCCUACUUUAAGGCCCACCGUUACAAAUAAUUAAUUUUAUAUUUUAGAUUACUAGAAAUGGGAUCGCGCAUAAAAGUGGGCUUGAGCCUGGUGAUGUUAUCGUGAAGAUCUGUAAGACAGCACUUUCGGGAAUGUCUAAUAGCCAAGUGAAAGCGGAACUCCUUCGAGCCGGAAAUGACCUGGACUUCACUGUACUGAAGUAAGUUUGUCUACUUUUGCUUUUAUUAUUGGUUGCUCUCCACGCAAUGCUCGUGCAGCCACAUUAUUGGAUACAAACUGAACUCUAACCCUACGUGUUAUGGCUUGCUGUUGCACAUUUUUUAAUGCACCACUGAAGUAGUUCUUUUUCUUGUUUCCCAUUAAGGCACGCAUUCAACGUAGCCAACUACAACGCAAGCAUGCAACAAAUGAGCGCAGCUGCAGGUGGUGUGGGUCCCGGAGGUGCUGAAGAAAGAUCCGAGAUCGUUGAAGAGCACCUCUGGCGUCACGGAGGACCGCUUUUCAAAAACGUCCAGCCGAAGUCCUACAAAAUACUGGAGCAGCAGUUACCUCAGUCGGCAAUGGGAGGUAACCAAGAGCUUUUACGUUUACCAUAUAGUACUAUGAAAAAAUGUCCUUGCAUAAUGAACAGGCGUAUUAAGUUCGGAUUUUUUGCAUUUGCAGACUAAAUAUCUACCAGAGGUUACUAGUAGAAUUUGACCCUUCGGUUGUAAUUGUCGCUGCUAACGUGGUACACCUGUUCACCAGAUGCAGUGAAGUUGCGCGGAUAAUGCAUCCGAAACUAUGUUCAAAUAAGAAACGCUUUUCGCGCAACCUAGUAUUUGCUGGUGGGUGUAGAAGAUUAUUGUGGUCAGUUUCUCUUUGUACUCACUUGAAAAAGGUUAGAUUUGACCAUUAAAACAGCCCUCCACGAAGAAGUACAAUUUAUGCUCAAGCUAUAAACGUCAGUUUCCCCUCUAAAUUAAAGACAAAUAUGCAUAGCUGUGUGUUCGAACUGCGAUCGUGUCUCCUCAGAUUGCCAAUAAAUGUUAUAUUUUUGGCCUCAUGCACGUUGCCAUGCGAAUAGGCGGAAUGUUUUGGGAGUGGUACUGGGUGUUUUAGCAGUUUUCCUUAUCCUUUCGACUUUUGCGUCCCCAACAAAAAAUCCUCCUGACAAAAUACUUCAAUAAUAGAAGUUAAAAGAAGCCCAAAGGUGUGUAUUGUCGGGCCUACAGCUAGUGAAGAUGCUCAGAGUACGGCGAUCACAGGCAAUGUUGAUACACUGACAUUCGUGAGGGAGGUAGACGGUGGGCUACGAUCGAUAUUCCAUAAGGAUGAGAUGCUUAAAAACGUGCCUGUUGGAAGAGCAGAUGGUAUGUUAGAGUCAAAACCUAGUAAUUUAGGCAGCGGGUGUGACAAGUAAAAUGGUCUAAUAAUCCCAAACAGUGUGUAUUAAGGGCUCUGUGAUGAUGAAUGUUUGCGACAGAUGGGAAAAAAGUAUUCGUCAUUCAGAACAACGCUUACUUCCCCGCGGGAGCUUGCCUAAAAAUACGAAUUUCACUUAUCCUUACCCGAACUUCUUGAAACAGGCAGCAAUUUCAAAAGAUGUGGCCGCUCAGAAUCAGAUAUUUGCGAAACCCACUCCUCAAGCAUUAACAGAAGAUGUCCUUUCGGCUUUACAUUUAUUAUCUAAGCUCUCCAGAACGACGCCGGCAAAAACUGUUAAGUCGGCCAUGCAUCCUUUAAAAGAUCAUAAACUCACUGGCUGCCUUACUGACAAACAUUUCCAACCAUAAUUUCCCUUCAGCCGGAACUCCGGGUUCAGUUUUUGAUCGCACCACCGACGAACGGUCGCCCUAUCUGCAAGCAACGGAGCAAACUAUUCAGAAGGCCUAUGGAGAAUCUUAG